AUGAUAAAAAUAAACGGCUCCGAUUUUCGUGAUCCACUUGCUCUAAAAUGCCUUUAUAUCUCACUAGUCCGUUCUUUAUUAGAAUAUGCUCCACUAAUUUGGAAUCACAAAAGUGUAGGACAUAAUGAUCAACUUGAUAAAGUUCAAAAUAAAGCUCUCAGAUUUUUAUGUCAUAAAGGUAAUAUUCAAAGAACUUCUCACUCUGGAUAUGAUAAUAAUUUAAAAUUGUUAAAUUUAGAAUCUUUAAAUGUAUGGAGACACUUAUCAUACAACACGUUCCUCACCAAAUUGCUAAAUAACGAAAUUGAUGAUCCAUUUUUAUUAAGUCAAUUAAAUUUCAAAGUUAAUAGCCACUACACUCGUAACAAUCAUUCAUUCUAUAUUCCUCAUUCAUCCGAAAAGUUUACAUCAUACGACCCCAUAAAUAUUUUAAUGUCUUCGGGAAAUAGUUAA